AUGACAAUCAUCCUCCUCGGGAUCUUCACUUUCAUGAAUCUUUGUUGUUUGCACAUCCCCGCUUUUCGUGUUGAAGCUACCAGCUCUGCAGAGGCCGACCGUGAAUUCGCUCGGAAAGUCCAUGCUGCUGAGGCCGUGGGCUCCAUCACAGAGGCAAAGGAGCCCACGUUGCCGGAGCUCCUGAAGGAGUUGGGCGACUGGGACUCCCGAGUCCGUUCAGAUGCAGCUCGGAAAUUGGGCUCCAUGGGCAAGGAGGCCGUGCCGGGUCUCCAGAAAGCAUUGGGCGACGACCUGUUUGGGGUCCGCAUCUCUGCCGCGUAUUCAUUAAAGGCAAUCGGCAAAGACGCAGCAGAAGCCGUGCCGGAGCUCCGGAAAGCUUUGGGCGACUCUGAUGAUAAUGUAAUCCAAGCUGCCGCUGAAGCAUUGGCCUCCAUGGGCACACAGGCAAGAGAAGCCGUGCCGGAGCUGCGGACAGCUUUGGCAGGCAAAUGUUUCAAAACAUUUCUCACAACAUUUCUCUGCAAAGCUGUCGUUGCAGCAUUGGGUUCCAUGGGCCCACAGGCAAGAGAUGCCGUGCCGGAGCUUCGGAAGCAACUGCACGACUCACUUAGUGACUGGGUCCGCGAAGAAGCAGCUAAAGCAUUGGGCUCCAUGGGCACAGAGGCAAAAGAAGCCGUGCCGGAUCUCCGGAAGGCAUUGGGCCGUGACGGGGAGGAUCGGGUUCGCUUAGCUGCCCUUAACGCAUUGGUCGCCAUGGGCACAGAGGCAAAAGAAGCCGCGGCGCCGGAGCUGCGGAAGGCCUUGGGCGACUCUUACCUGUCUGUCCGCACAGCUGCCGCUGAAGCCUUGGUCUCUAUGGGCGCACGGGCCGUGCCGGAGCUCCGGAAGGCUUUGGGCGACUAUGGGUCUGCCCGCGAAGCUGCACUUAGAGCGUUGGCCACCAUUGGCACAGAGGCAAAAGAAGCCGUGCCGGAGCUCCGGGAGGCUUUGGAUCAUGACGAUGACCGGCUUGUCCGCUUAGCUGCAGCUAGAGCAUUGGGCUCCAUGGGCACGGAGGCAAAAGAAGCCGUGCCGGAGCUGCGGAAGGCCUUGUGGGACGAUGACACGUCUGUCCGCACAGCUGUUGCUGAAGCCUUGGUCUCCGUGGGCGCACGGGCCGUGCCGGAGCUCCGGAAGGCUUUGGACCGCGAAGCUGCACUUAGAGCAUUGGCCACCAUGGGCACGGAGGCAAAAGAAGCCGUGCCGGAGCUCCGGGAGGCUUUGGAUGACGAUGACCCGUUUGUCCGCUUAGCUGCAGCUAGAGCAUUGGGCUCCAUUGGCACAGAGGCAAGAGAAGCCGAGCCGGAGCUGCGGAAGGCCUUGCGCGACGAUGACACGUCUGUCCGCACAGCUGCCGCUGAAGCCUUGGUCUCCAUCUUCGCACAGUCCUGA